AUGCUCGCCAAGUCCUUUUUCCUCCACGCUCUCGUGGCCGUUGCCGCCCAGGCACAAAACACGACGACGCUGCGGUACAUGCCGUUUGGCGACUCCAUCACCGAGAUCGUGUGCUGGCGCGCCAAGCUGUGGGAGAAGCUGCAGGGGACCGAGUGGGCCGGCGUCAACUGGGUCGGCUCGGGCAAGACGGAGAACAACUGCAAGGACACCAAGUACGACCGCGACAACGAAGGGCACUCGGGCUUCUUGGCCAUUGAUAUCGCCAACAAGAAGCAGCUCGUCGGCUGGCUCCAGCAGAAUCCCGCCGACGUCAUCACCAUGCACCUUGGCACCAACGAUAUCGUCCAGCAGAACAAGCCCGUUAAUGAUAUCAUUACCGCCUUUUCCACCCUCGUUCAAGUCAUGCGUGAUAGCAACCCAAAGAUGAAGAUCAUUGUUGCCCAAAUCAUUCCCAUGGGUUUGGGUAGUUACAACACACAGAUCCAAGCCCUCAACAAGGCCAUUCCGACGUGGGCCGCAUCAAAGAACACGACCGAUUCGCCAAUCUGGGUCGUUGAUCAAUACACUGGCUUCAGUGGCAGCAGCGAUCUCCGAGACGGAGUUCACCCAAACGACUCUGGUGACACAAAGAUGGCCAACAUCUGGUAUCCAGCCCUUGUCAAUGCUCUUCAAGUUGCACAGGCUGGAAAGCAGAGUGCAAGAGAUAUCGAGGUCGCUUUCACGGCUUGA